GCCGGCAGGCCGCCUUUCCAGUUGUGGCUCAGCGGAGCGGAGGGGCGGUUGGUACGAGCUCCAUUGUUCGGCAUUCGGGGCGCCAUGAGGGGCGAUAGAGGCCGUGGCCGUGGCGGGCGAUUCGGUUCCAGAGGUGGCCCUGGCGGAGGGUUCAGGCCCUUCGUGCCACACAUCCCUUUUGAUUUCUACUUGUGUGAAAUGGCUUUUCCCCGGGUCAAACCAGCACCAGAUGAAACAUCCUUCAGUGAGGCCUUGCUGAAGAGGAAUCAGGACCUUGCCCCUAAUUCUGCUGAACAGGCCUCUAUCCUCUCCCUGGUGACAAAAAUAAACAAUGUGAUUGAUAAUUUGAUUGUGGCUCCAGGGACAUUUGAAGUGCAAAUUGAAGAAGUUCGACAGGUGGGAUCCUACAAGAAAGGAACCAUGACCACAGGACACAAUGUAGCUGACCUCGUGGUGAUCCUGAAGAUCCUGCCUACAUUGGAAGCUGUUGCUGCCCUAGGGAACAAAGUUGUAGAAAGCCUAAGAGCACAGGAUCCCUCUGAAGUUUUAACCAUGCUGACUAAUGAAACUGGCUUUGAAAUCAGUUCUUCUGAUGCUACAGUGAAGAUUCUUAUUACAACAGUGCCACCUAAUCUCCGAAAACUGGACCCAGAACUCCAUUUGGAUAUCAAAGUGUUACAGAGUGCCUUAGCUGCCAUCCGACAUGCCCGGUGGUUUGAAGAAAAUGCUUCGCAGUCCACAGUUAAAGUCCUCAUCAGGCUGCUGAAGGACCUGAGAAUUCGUUUUCCUGGCUUUGAACCCCUCACACCCUGGAUCCUUGACUUACUAGGACACUAUGCUGUGAUGAAUAACCCCACCAGGCAGCCUUUGGCCCUGAAUGUGGCAUAUAGGCGGUGCUUACAGAUUCUGGCUGCAGGCCUGUUCUUGCCAGGCUCAGUGGGGAUCACGGACCCCUGUGAGAGUGGAAACUUCCGAGUCCACACCGUCAUGACCCUGGAACAGCAGGAUAUGGUGUGCUAUACGGCUCAAACUCUGGUCCGAAUCCUCUCCCACGGUGGUUUCCGGAAGAUUCUGGGCCAGGAGGGUGAUGCCAGUUAUCUUGCUUCUGAAAUAUCUACCUGGGAUGGGGUGAUAGUGACACCUUCAGAAAAGGCAUAUGAGAAGCCACCAGAGAAGAAGGAAGGUGAAGAAGAGGAGGAGAACACAGAAGAACCCCCUCAAGGAGAAGAGGAGGAAAGCAUGGAGACUCAGGAGUGACCAUCCCCGCCGCAGUCCCUCCAUCCCAAGGGGAAGACUGGAGCCUAAGCUGCCAGUGGCUUUCUGUUAGAGGCACCUCCAAGGGAUACGGGAGACAGGAAGAGACUCUUUGGAGGUGUUGUUCCACUUGGUUCUGAUACAGGCCUAGUAGCCACACGUCCCUAACAAUGCCCUGUGCCAUCCUGCACUGUAGUGAAGCAGGGCACCAGCAGUUUCUAGAGUCCCCAGCUGGAAACCUCUCAGAAAUGCUGAGUCAUUAAAAUGUUGUGAACUAUUAUUGUCUGGAUUCCCCCUCCACCAAGAAAUGAUUCAGGUACUUCCUGUUAGGGUUCUUACUCGUUUUCCUUUGGCACCUGACAACAUUUUUGUCUUAUAUAUUGAAAAUAAUAGUGUCUAACAGUUUGAAGCUGUAUUUGAAUAAAAGUACAAAGACUUGGAACCUUUC